CCGGCACCCGCGAACGGCCAAUCCCAUCCGAUACCAGCACAACCAACGGAAGAUAUCACGCAUCACUCAAUCUGUACAUCUGUUCUAUCUUCACGGCUCUCUCCGGUAUCCCCUGACACCACCGCCUCCGCCCUCGACGUUGAAGAAUCUUAUGGAGACUCUAGAGGCGAACUAUAUCGAAUCUCUGCCAACGGUGAAUCCUUUAGAAUCUGAAACCCUAGUUUCGUCCUGCGAUUUUCAAAAUUCUGACUCAAUUAACCAUAAUCAGACCCAAGAUGCUGAUACGAAGAAUAAUAUUCAGCCUAACGGGCAGGCGGUUGGUACCUCCUCGAAGAAUCCAUUAAUUAAGAUUAUUCAGAAACCGUUGUUGUCUGAAACUGGUCCCACAAACAACACGAAUAGUGGCACGGAUAAAGAUUGUUCAGGUGGCGAAGAGGAAACAACCAGCAGGAGACGGAGGAAAAGCCGUUGGGAUCCUCCGCCAAGCGAAGAAACCGGUGCCGUCAGCGAUGGAACCGGGACAUCGGGCACGAGAAAGAGGAAAUCGAGAUGGGCAGAUGAUGAACCGAAGCCACUCAUACAGCUUCCUGAUUUUAUGAAAGAUUUCACAUUAGGUAUUGACCUUGAUCCCGAAAUUCAAGCACUUAACAUUAGGCUUCUUGAAAUAAGUAGAAAAUUUCAGUCAGGGCUUCCCUUGGAUGAUAGACCUGAAGGUGCUAGAUCCCCCUCUCCCGAACCAAUUUAUGAUAACUUGGGCAUUCGAAUUAACACAAGAGAAUAUCGAGCUAGGGAAAGAUUAAAUAAAGAGAGACAAGACAUCAUAUCACAGAUUAUAAAGAAAAAUCCAUCCUACAAGCCCCCAGCGGACUAUAGACCACCAAAACUUCAGAAGAAGCUUUACAUACCUAUGAAAGAAUAUCCAGGCUACAACUUUAUCGGACUCAUAAUUGGGCCAAGGGGGAAUACACAGAAGAGAAUGGAAAAGGAAACAGGUGCCAAAAUUGUAAUCCGAGGUAAAGGGUCAAUGAAAGAAGGCAGAAUGCAGCAGAAAAAGGACUACAAACCCGAUCCCUCUGAAAAUGAAGAUCUGCAUGUUUUGGUGGAGGCCGAGACACAGGAAUCACUUGAUGCUGCUGCAGGUAUGGUAGAGAAGCUUUUACAGCCUGUUGAUGAGGUCCUCAACGAGCAUAAAAGACAACAACUUAGGGAGCUUGCUGCUCUUAAUGGAACCAUAAGAGAUGAAGAGUAUUGCAGAUUAUGUGGCGAAUCAGGGCACAGACAAUUUGCAUGUCCUUCACGUAAUUCGACUUUUAAAAGUGAUGUUCUUUGUAAAUUAUGUGGAGAUGGUGGGCAUCCAACUAUAGAUUGUCCAGUCAAAGGGUCAACAGGUAAGAACAUGGAUGAUGAAUAUCAAAACUUUUUAGCAGAAUUAGGAGGAACAAUCCCUGAAUCUUUGACCAGUCAAAGCUGUUCGACUCUUGCUCUUGGUCCAUCUUUGAAGGAGUAUGAUGAAACAAACUUGUAUAUCGGGUCUUUACCACUUGCUAUGGAUGAUGAAAGUUUGCUCCAACUGUUUGCACCUUUUGGUGAAAUUGUGAUGGGUAAGGUUAUUAGGGAUAGAAUGAGUGGGGCUAGUAAAGGGUAUGGUUUUGUGAAAUAUUCAAAUGUUGAGCAAGCUAAUACUGCUAUUGCUAAGAUGAGGGGUUAUUCUCUUGAUGGAAGAACAAUUGUUGUUAGAGUUGCUGGAAAGCCUCCUUCUCAAGUGGGUGUGGGAGUGACCCCACAAAUGCCUCCUUCAUAUUCAAAUUCAGCUCCUAAUUUUGUUCAGUAUUGUCCACCUCCACCUCCUACUUAUUCUCCUUACCAACCUCCACCUCCAUGUUCCACCAUGCGACCACCAUUACCGUUAUUACCAUUACCCUCUACUUAUGGAGGAGUACAAUAUCCUGCAACUGCAUAUCCAACAACUACAUUCGCCUAUGCACCUUAUUAUGGUGUACCUCCUGCACCUGCACCUUCACCUAGUAGUAAUACUAUCAACAUUGCAAAUGCUCCCUGGGCUUCAAAUUCAACUGUUCCUCCCCCUGGUGUUGGUGUUGGUGUUUUACCUGAGACAAAUAACACAUCUAGUGGGGACAUGGCAUAUGAGAAAUUCAUGGCAGAGAUGAGAUGAAAUGAUGAUGAUACUGGAGGAAAGCUUUGGCAGGGGAUUGAAAUCUUGGAGAUGAGAUUAUAAACCAACCAGAACCAAUCACAAUUCACAACUUUAACUUGUUAUGCUGAGUUUGGUGUUGUGACAUGUGCAGAAAGCUGGUGCGAAAGUCAUUGAGACACAUAAUUAUACUUGUUUUGUGGUUUUUUAUUAUGUUUUCUCAUUUUGCAGCUGUUGCUAACAACAACUUUUGCUUUUAUUACUUUUUGUUACUAAUGUAGUCAUCAUUUCAGUUAAAAGAAGACCCAGGAAUCAAUGUAUGUUCCCAAAAUGGUGCUAUCUGCCAUCAAAGAGUGCAGACCCUAGACCAUGUUAUAUUCCCAUAUGAUAUGGAACUAUCCAGUAACCAACCAUAUUGGAUAACAUAAUAUGCAUGUUAAUGACUUUAUUUUGUGAAUUAUAAUUUUUUUACGAAUUGAUUUGAAUGCAUCAAAACUUAUGAGCCUAUUAAGUAAAAACUUACACUUGCAUGGA